AUGGAGGUCCUGUUUGGUUUUUCCUGGGAGGAAUGUCGUAAAGCCAGCUACUCUGUCCCGCUAGUGAAAACAAGAAAUGGAAGUUCCACCGUCCCCACUGCUCUUCUGGAAAGUCUAAAAGGCUCGGCUCUGGUAGAGAGGCUGUUGAAAGAUUCACUGGAUUUCAAGCUUUGGAUUUCAGCAACUUUGCUGAAGGAUAUCGUCUUGAAAGUACCAAUGCCGGAUGGGAGAGAAUGUGGUGGCACCGGCUCGGUCACCCUCGCCUCGCCUCGCCAGCAGCAGGUGGAGCCCGGAGGUGGGGUGUGUGACCCAGGACGACAUUUCUCUCCGGGGGGGCGGAUUCCAGUGGCAGGGAGUGGCGAGGAGCAGGCGGCCACCGGAGGCGGGAGGAAGGCGCGCGAGAGAGAGCCGGGGCCGUUCCCUGGAGAAGCCGCGCCGACAGGUAGCUCCCAGCGGAGGAAUCCGGGCUGCCUGCUGCUUCCCAGGAACAGGAAAGUUUCCCAAGUGGGACAAGCUGGCUCCUCUGGAGGAGUUUCGGGGGAGGGGGACGAUGAGGCGGGGUCUAGGGAGACAUUCCUGGCCCCCAAGCCGGUCGAAGUUGGGUCUCUGUCGGCCCACGCAAGAGUGAAGCCCUUCCUUCGGCAUCUAGUGAGGGAUUUCCAGAAAUGUCAACAUAGGCCCAGCCAAUUUCUCCAGAGCGGCUGUGCAGAGAUGCAGCCUGCUGACUCAAAACCCAGAGCCGGUAUCCGUGGUGUUGAUCCCAGAACUGCUGCCACGGCUUACGAGAACCCACAUUUCCAGGCCGAGCCCUCCCAGCUGGAAAACAAGGACGAAGCUGCAAACGCUGAGGCGAGUUCCCUAGACUGUGUCAUCUGCUUCACCCGCUACGACCGGAUCUUCAAAGUGCCCAAGGAGCUGAGUUGCGGCCACAUCUUCUGUCUGGAGUGCCUGGCGCGGAUCAAUGUCUCCUCCGAGGAUGUGAACGCCAUCAGUUGCCCCGUCUGCCGGGCGCCUACCAGCCUGCGUACCCGCAAGGGGUUGCCGGGCCUUCCGACGCGCCGCGACCUGCUGGACCAGCUCUCAAUAUGCGCCCGCCCCUUGGCUCCAGUUACGAAGCUUUGACCGUGCGCCCGAGGUUUUGCUGUACCACCUGCCUGAGGGGCGCCUUGGUAGCUUCGUAAAGUCGGGAUCAAGCCAGGGACCCCCCUCGGCACUAUCAGCCUCAGCGUCGACGUUGGAAGGCCAGCCCCGCGAGGACCA